AUGGGGUUUGUGUAUGGAGACUUGUUGGAGGCUAAGGAGGAGAUCAAAGAGGCCUUUCGGGAUGAAGAGAAAAAAUAUAUUCUUAUAGAGAAGAUUAUUGAUAAAAGAUUUGAUGCCAAGCUUAAAGAACCACUCCAUAAAGCGGGAUAUUAUUUAAAUCCUUAUUUCUACUAUCCAAAUCUUAUGGAGAUUGAAAAUGAUGGAAGUUUCUUGAGUUGCCUAGUUGAUUGUAUGAACAAAUUCUAUCCAGAUGAUGGUGACAUGCUUGGCAAGAUUGGAGACCAACUCUUUGAGCACCAAAGAGGAUCAUUCGGGAGAGAUCUUGCAAAGAGAGAAGAAAAAAAGCCUAAUAAUAAUCCGGUUAUAUGGUGGAAACUUUUUGGGAUUGACGCUUCCAAGUUGAGGAUGGUGGCAAUGAGAAUUUUGAGCUUAACAACUAGCUCUUCUGCCUGUGAGAGGAAUUGGAGCACUUUCGAGAUGAUUCGUACAAAAAAGAGAAAUAGACUAACGCAUCAGAAAUUACAUGAUUUGGUCUAUGUCAAGUUCAAUGCAAUAUUGAAGAAUAAGCAUUCCAAAAAGGAUAGAGAUCCUUAA